AUGGCUGUGAACACCCAGGUCGCUCGUGCCCUGUCGGCUUCCCGACAGUAUCCUCUCGCCCUCCUCUGGUCGUACGAGUUUCGUCGCCAGAAUGACAUCCUGAGCACCCGUCUGCUGGGAAUCAAGGACCAGCUCAAAGGACGAGGACAGCUCAACGAGCUGCUCUCGAAGGUCCUGAACGAUCUGAUUGUCAUCAUCUCUUCGAUGUUGACAAUCCUGGCCAACGUUUCCGAUGGCGGAGAGCACCGCCUUCGUCACCUUCGCGGUCUGCUCGCCCAGACCCUGGCGCCCCUCUACGACCAUGAGGCACGCUCCAAGCUGGGAAAUGAUGCUCUCACCAGCUGCAUCGCCCAGCUUGAAAUGCUGCACAAUCUGCCAGGGGUCUUCUCCAGCACUGAUGCGAGUGAACCUGCACCUUCACUUUCAUCUUCCCUCAGCAGCGCUUCAGAUAGCCCCCCCGGAUCGCCUUCCUCGGGUUCUCAGGAUGAGACCCGCCACGACAUUUCGUGCGCUAGUCCAUCCAUCAUUUGUGGCCCCGACAAGCGUCAGCUCUCAGCUGCAGAGGCCAGAGCUGCCCUCGCCAUGAAGCUCGACGUGGUCAUGCAUCAGAACGGACGCCCGCUCCAGGAGUACUUUGACGAGGCGUGCGCUUUCCGCCGUUAUCAGAUUCGCCUGCGUCAAGCUGAUGACGCCAAACUCAUCCAGGGAUUCUUGGCCGGGCUCGACAACAAUCUCUUCCGGAAGCGUCUCACUCGUGCCCUCAAAAAGGGCGGAUGGUAUUGGACCUGGCUCACCCACGAGGUCCUGUACAUUCUCAUUGAACAAGAGUACAUGGACAGGGACGAUCACGGUUCAGAGCACAUCACCACAAACGAGGCCUUCUUCCGACCUGAUGGUACUUGCAAGUACCGUGUCGUGGCCCUGCCUCCCGUCACCGAAGAAGACCUGGCGGGUUAG